CCGCACUUCCCUGCGGUUGCGAGCCAGCGAGCGAGCGAGCGAGGCCGGGCCCGGCUCCCCUCUCCCGCCGCCGCCAUGGGCUGCACGCUGAGCGCCGAGGACAAGGCGGCGGUGGAGCGGAGCAAGAUGAUCGACCGCAACCUGCGCGAGGACGGGGAGAAAGCGGCCAAAGAAGUGAAGCUCCUGCUGCUCGGUGCUGGAGAAUCUGGUAAAAGCACCAUUGUGAAACAGAUGAAAAUCAUUCAUGAAGAUGGCUAUUCAGAAGAAGAAUGCAAGCAGUAUAAAGUAGUUGUCUACAGCAACACUAUUCAGUCCAUCAUUGCCAUCAUAAGAGCCAUGGGACGGUUGAAGAUCGAUUUUGGGGAAGCUGCCAGAGCAGACGAUGCGCGACAGUUGUUUGUUUUAGCUGGCAGUGCUGAAGAAGGAGUCAUGACCUCAGAGCUAGCGGGAGUGAUUAAACGGUUAUGGCGAGAUGGUGGAGUGCAAGCGUGCUUCAGCAGAUCCAGAGAGUAUCAGCUCAAUGAUUCUGCUUCAUAUUACUUAAAUGAUUUGGAUAGAAUAUCCCAAACCAACUACAUUCCCACGCAGCAAGAUGUUCUACGGACAAGAGUGAAGACUACAGGCAUUGUGGAAACACAUUUUACCUUCAAAGAACUAUACUUCAAAAUGUUUGAUGUAGGUGGCCAAAGAUCAGAACGAAAAAAAUGGAUUCACUGUUUUGAGGGAGUGACAGCAAUCAUCUUCUGUGUGGCCCUCAGUGAUUAUGACCUCGUUCUGGCAGAGGAUGAGGAGAUGAACCGAAUGCAUGAAAGCAUGAAACUGUUUGACAGCAUUUGCAACAACAAAUGGUUUACAGACACUUCAAUCAUUCUCUUCCUUAACAAGAAAGACCUUUUUGAGGAAAAAAUAAAGAGGAGUCCAUUAACAAUUUGUUAUCCAGAAUACACAGGUUCCAAUACAUAUGAAGAGGCAGCUGCUUACAUUCAGUGCCAGUUUGAAGAUCUGAAUAGAAGAAAAGAUACCAAGGAGAUCUACACUCACUUUACCUGUGCCACAGACACCAAGAACGUGCAGUUUGUUUUUGAUGCUGUUACAGAUGUCAUCAUUAAAAACAACUUAAAGGAAUGUGGACUUUAUUGAAGAGGGUGGAUGUUAGUAAAAGUUACCGCAGUGUGGAGUGUUGAGACCAGACAUCUUUGGCUGUCACUUGGGGCAGCUACACGCAUGACGGGACCAGGGAGUGGCAGCAGCAUGCAGAAUCUUAGCACUCUAGCACAGUCUUCUGUAUUAGGGAAUGUUUAAUUGACAUGAGACGUUCAAGUCAGGGAUUGGAAUUGGAACAACUGUAAAGUAUGAUUCGUGAAGAUGUCAUUUGGAUUUUAUAAUCUCAAAAGUUUAGGGUAUAUAUGAAGUUGAGGUGCUACAUUCCAGAACUGAAAUAUGUAGCUUUAUUUUUUUCCUAAUUACUGGUAGUUAAUUUCUAAAGUUUUUCUCAAUAAGAGAAGAAAAACUACUAAAUCUUGAGUUGUUUGCAAAAGAAUCUUUAUGAAAACACAAAGUCUUAACUAUGCACAUGAUAUGAUCAGAUCAUUUUGAAAAUAUUCCUCUUAGUAGGAAAUCUUUGUAUGGUCAGAAUAUGGUAUUUCCAUAAUUACUUAUAAUUCUUCCCAAUUAUUGGGGCGAUAAGUACAGCUUUUUUUUAAUGAAAGUUAUAUUACUGUCAUGUUCAGAAUACUAUGAUGGUUUCUAAACAAUAGUUACAUUGGAGAGUUCUGCAAUAAGAUUCUAGCCUCAUUUCUUUAAGGUCAAAGGUAACCUUGUUUAUGCUGAUUACCACAUUACUAGGUAAAUGUUGAUCAAAUCAGCUUCUUGGAUACAGACACACCCUGAACAGCAGUCAAGUGAAAAUGCAACUGGCUAAAUUUCAGACAAACCAAUGACUUUGCUGCUAUCUACUAAAUUGACCACUUUGAUUCUUGCUUGUUUGUCUCAGUCAUAGGGAGUUUUGUACAAAAUGCCCCAUGGUUUCCAUCUUCAUGGCCUUUUUUGUUGAGAGACAUCUACAGUAUAUUAACAGUGCAUGCUUCUGCUUUGUAAGUGUGGUGCCAAAUCCCUGUUUGCCAUUGUUUCUACUGUCACAUGUUAAUUGUACUAGUAAUCCUUAGUCAGUUUUUUCUUUUUCUAAAACUCUUGCAUUUUGGGACUUUUUUCCACUUUGUCAUGUGUACAGAUUUUAAUCUGUUAUAGUUGGCAGCAGUAUUAAAAUGGUGAGUAAAGAGUC